GAAUCCACGUCACAGCUAUUGUCCCUCACACUUGGCCGGUGUUUCGUGAGUGAAUCGCCGCGCAGAGUUGUCAACAGAGUGUCGGCAUGAAUCAUCAAAGUGAACUGGCCGCCUCCUUCAACGGCGCAUCCUCAUCCUCGCCAACGGUGUCCCCUCCUACGGGUUCCCUGUCCGAAUACCGAGACACCGCUGCAUCCUCCAGCACAAGUGCUCUCAUUUCCCGAGCAGCUCAGAAUUCGAAAGCACCGGCAAAAAGUGCGUCUCCGCUUCCCAGUUGGGCUCACGAAAAAACAAAAGCAGGCAAGGACAGGAAACGUCUGCCACUUGCAUGUCAAUCAUGCCGCAAGAAAAAAAUCAAAUGUUCGGGUGAACGGCCGUCUUGUGCCCAAUGUUUAAAACACAACACCGUGUGUGAGUACAAAGUGUCUGCAAACAAACGGUCCCACAGUCGGCAUGAGGAGCUGCACCAUCACCAGCAAUUGCAAUUAAAUCACCAGCAGCAAACGGCUUCGAACCAUAUGGGUGGUUCUGCAAUUCCUUCGCCCAUUGUCGUCGGAGGAGCUGGCCCGCUUGCUGCCGGAGCAAAUUCACGGUCGGGACUGCACCAAGCAAUGGUGACAGCUACUGCUCGGCUAGGUAUAGAUGACUCUCGUUCUCCUACAGCAAUUACUCCGGGUGGACCGGGAUCGGGUUCUGAUCCUCAAACGCACCCUCUCGCCCUUGAACGACGGUCAUCCUCUGCUUCAGUGUCGCUUCCCAGUCUUCCUGGGUCUGCCGGUCCCAACUCUGCCAACAUUGGCUCUUCACUGCCUAACGUGCAGUCCGUCCUGCCCGCCGCCCCGUCUCCCAUUCCUUCAGGUGCGGCUUCUUCGUUGCUCUCGUCUGAAUUUGCUAUGUAUCGUAAAAACUCGCUUGUGUCGCCCGACAGCAAUAUGAUGGCCGCUCUUUCCGUGUCAAAUGCACCUGCUAGCGUCGGCAACGGCGGCAAUCUUUUCGCCUCGAACAGAAGCAGUGGCUCAAUUGACAACCCUGCCCCUAACAGUGUUACACUUGCCGCUGCGUCAGCAGGGACAGCACCAGCUGUGAUUCCGCCGUUGUCGGUUGCGAAUGGAGCUGGACCCUUUACGACGCCUUUUAAUAAUGGGCUUCCUGCCUUUACUCCUUCUACCACCUUGCCUGCCGUGUCCUCUUCGCAACCGCAACAAGUCUGCAACAUUGUCCAGGCCCCCUUUGUCAACUCAUCUCCCGUCUUUUCCAUCGGCCCCCCUCCAAAUGAGUCUUCCAAACAGCCUUCCAUCGGGCCCUUGGCCCCCACGGUCACGACGCCCGGUACUCUUUCCUCGCCAAUUGUCCAGACAACUCCAUCCAUUCCUCGUCUAAUCACAUCUACACCCGUCUCCGAGCUGCCUCCUAUGGAGCUUCGGCGGCAUCUCGCUGAGGUGUUUUUCCACUGCUGCCAUGGACAGACAUACAACUUGUUCCACCGUCCUAACUUCAUGGAGUCACUAAGCAAUAAUACGCUGCCGCUUGUCCUCGUAUAUGCAAUCUGUGCCGUUUCGGCACGGUUUUCCUCGCACAUGCAGGUUCGCUACUCACCCCCGUACAUGGCGGGCGAGCAGUUUGCUCGUGAGGCUCGUCGCCUUGCGCUCGAUAGCCUUGACCGACCGGAUUUGUCGCUGGUAUCGGCGCUUCUGCUACUAUCUCUUCACGAUUCUGGCACAGGCGACAUGGGCAAAAGCUGGAUGUACGGCGGCAUGGCUCUACGGAUGGCCGCUGCCCUGCAAUUAAACUGUGAACAAGGAAGUAACCCUCUUGAUUUAGAUAAUGUGGACGCGGGUCCACGAAUUUCCUUCCUCGAACGCGAGCUUCGGAGACGGACGUUUUGGGCUUGUUUUUUGAUGGAUCGGUACUCGUCUUCGGCAGAGCGGUUACAGUUUCUUGACGAAAACGAUAUUAAUAUUCAGCUUCCGGUGCAUGAGCUCCUUUUCACCAAGCAAAUCGCCGGUGUCACACAGACACUUGAUGGCCGCAUUCUGGAAGGAGUACCCAGCAUUGUAAUUCCGGCUGACACCACUGAAAACAUGGGUGUCGCUGCGUACACUGUCAAAAUAAUCGCCCUUUGGGGCCGUGCAGUUAAGUAUCUGCAACAGGGAGGACGCAAACGUGAUCCUUAUCCCUUCUGGCACAAAAGCUCGGACUUUAAUAAACUCAACGAGGCCAUCCUCGACUGGGCUUCCGGUCUUCCACAGCGUCUGAAGUACUCUGUCGUCGGCCUCGAGAAUCACAUAUCUAUCCAACAGGGAGCGCAGUACGCGUUCUUGCACCUGGCAUACCACUACGUUCUUAUGUGGGUAUUCCGCACAAUCUACGAACCCGCCUCAACACGAGAAGCCAAGUCCCCCAUCAGUCGCAGUGAAAGCACGCUGUCGUUUGCAAGCUUGCAAAGUGCCAACGCCACAAUAUCCCAGUCGAAUGGCCCCCAACGCUCUAACGUUGCUGCCGCACGUCUUUACAAGGCUGCGAAAGAAAUAUGUCUUCGCUGUGCCAACGCCAUCUCCAUGAUCGUUGACGAUUGCCGUAAACACAAUGUUAUUCUUACGUCUCCUUUUAUUGCCUACGGCGUCUAUACCGCCUUCUGUGUUCAGACGGAAGCGGCAUUUGGUUCGGAUAACCUAGUUGCCUCUACCGCGCGUCAUAACCUCGAAAUUGACCUACGUUUAUUAUUGGAAAUGAAGAACUACUGGCGGCCUAUGCAAAUGUUGUGCAAUGAAAUGUCACGAAUUUGGGCUGAAAGUGUCCAGCGCUACGGUGCUGGGCAAUCUCCAGAGGCAAAUGUACCGGACGACAAUGUUGAUGAGAAUGAGGCGCUGGAAGUGGAGAAGCACUUUGCCUACAUAAUCGAGUCACCGCUCGUAGCGACUGGCGGCACUAACCAAGAGUCAUAUUCGACGGAUCUGAUGUCCCACUUUGGGAUGCCGAAAAAUACCGAGAUGCAAUCUUGGAGCGGCUUUUGGCCGUCGGAUGAUCUGCAAAAUUACCAGGAAUCAACAAUUGAUAGCCUCGUUGCCUUUGCUACCGGCAACCCAGGUUGGAACAUAUCGUUUGCUGGAUAGCUGAUAAUGUUGUACAAAAAAAUCACGGUUUUUAAUUUCUUCGUGGAAGACAUCAUUCAGCAAUUCGGCAGCGAUAGAUACAUCCUUGUACGGUGUCAAUGAAAAAGAGGCACUGUGUGCUCCUCUGCAUUUUUCCAUUUGUUAUUUCUUGCAUUGUGGUUGUUCCUCAAUUUCAAAGUGUUUUGCUCGUUUCGUUUGGCAAAAAUAGCCUAAUUCUGUCUCUCUUUCUUCUGAUUUCUUUGCAUUUCAUUUCUAUCUAAUGCACCAACGACGCUAAUCGCAAGCUUUUUUUUCGUGUUCUGAAUUUCAGAUCCGUUUUUAUUUUCUUUUUUUUUGUUUGCUAUAUAAUUGUCUGUUUUGGUUAAAGGUCUAGUUUUAGUCCACACACAAGCACACACACGCACGCGAGCAUGCAUGACAAGAGGAAAAACUUUUCUACACGAUGGUGAGCACAAUUGUGUCAAAGCAGUUGAAUGACUCAUUUGCUCUGACGAAAUGGCGGUUUGGCUUCUUGCAGCCUAUGACUACCACCCAUCCCAUCCCCUCUAUACGCUGUCCUUCCUCCUUUUUGUCUCUCUGACUACUAAUCGUCGCUAGUGACGCAUCACCCAUGAUUGCUGCCUUCCGUCUCGACUUUUUUAUUUUCUUGUGUUUGGAUGCGAUUUCCGGUAUCUAAGAAAGGGUAAUCCAAGCCACGUCACGGGCGAGGCGUGUACACUACUUUUGUUUCUUUUUGCGUUUUAGAUGAUAUUUUAUUUCUCCCAUGGUGUAGUAAACGUUGCUACUGCUUCUCCCAUGGUUCUAUCCAAUUGAGUGUUGCUGAAGCUAAGGGGAGGAAGGGGGGG